AUGGACGAAGAGACGCUGGCAAACCUUCUUGAAGAUGUCAUCGAAAGAGUCGCCGACGACACGAGCGAAUUGGUCGUCGCUGUCGCCGCCCUGAUUAUCUCCGUCGUUGCCCUCCUUGCCGCCGUCCUUCAACUUGCCCAGCAGUACUACGCCUCCGCCACCGGCUACGCCCACUGCGACUCCAAGGUCAUCGGGAAGUGGUCCAAAUCCAAACUGCGCGUCUUUCGCCCCUACGAGUUCCGUUUCGAAGUCCAGUACGAGGCUCCCGUCAUUUUCCUCUGCCGCCCCGAUAACAAGAGGGGUCCCCUCAAGAACAAUCCGCUCCUGUUUCUCAACGGCACCCCGCAGAGCGAGAAGGAUACCUGGUCACAGCUAGAAGAGGAUGAUUCCGGGUCCACGGACGAGAAGAAGAUGGAGGACAAAGCCGUCCACACCGCCGACAACGAGUUGGCUACCUGGGUCAUCCUUCUCAGCGCCAUCCAGCGCAUGGAACGCGACUCGAGGGCAUGGCAGCGUAAGCGCCUUCUCCCCGCUCAGCCGCCCCGUUCCGACGACCCCUCGGCCUUGCUCAAACCGGGCCGGCCAGACGACAAGUCUGUCGAGGACAAACACUCCCUCAUCGUGGCGCUGCAGAAGAAGAGGAAGAGCUGGGACACCAUGCCCGACGGCGUGAAGAAGCCCUAUGCCACUACCACCUGGUGCCACAUGGUCGAGAUGGCUGCCAUCCUCGGCAUCUACUGGACCGAGUUUGACCGUUCCCGCGAGCGCUAUCGCGCCGAGGGCAACGGUUAUCUGCUCACCGGAGAGCAGGUCACCGACCUCGGCAUCAUGUUCACCUUCCAGGUCUACGGGAAGAGCAAGUUCGAGGAGAACCGCAUCAUCCCUGUCGAGGAAGUCAAAGAUCUGUGCUUCGGCGCUGUGCCCACCAUCUAUCGUUCGCCGCACAAGGUCGACAGGCGCCGCCUCGGAUUCGACGACGACCAGCAGGAUCUCAGCAUGUUGAACAUGGCCAGCCGGGCCGAAAUCGCCGAGACCCUGAGUCUCAUCGGCUGCAACACAAAGACCGUCAACUACUUUGCCAUGGACGACACUUCGAACUGCCGCGUUACACACCUGUUCCCUCUUCCGUUUGAGAUUAUCGGCAUGUCAUCUCGCACCCUGCACAUCGAACACAGCUUGUUCCGCCUGCUUCCCAACCCGACCAUCUUUCAGUGGAAAAUGAAGAACUUCCCCCUGAGGAAGGUUCUCAAAGGUUACAUGGCCCAAGUCGAGAAGAAAGACGUCCUUUUGAACAAGGAUUCCUCCGCCAUGAGGACCAUCCGCUACCACGGCAGGACAAUCCAGCGCGAGCUCAAGAAAGGGGGCGCCAGUGCCAGCUCGAGCGUCGUUGUCCUGGAUUUUCUCCAUACGGCCCUCAACGACACCGACGAGAUCCUCACCGGGAAAAGACAACAAGACCGUCCUCACCUGCCUCGGGAGACAUCCGUCCUCAGCGCCGGCCCAGUCAAGAGGCCUGAAACCGUCAAAGUCACCGCCGCCUCUGCCACCGCCACCGCCACCGCCACCGCCACCGGGACGAACAACACGCCAAGCACCUCAGAGACGGAAGAGGAAAUGAUCCGAAGGCAGAAGGUCCAGGAUGUCCUUCGCAGUCACAUCCAAGAGGUCCUCUCCGCCCUCAACCAGAAGUCCUUCGAAAUGGAGACUCCCGACUCUCCCAAUACCACCAUGCUCACCAUUCCUGUCAGCAUCGCCCCAUCAUCGCCUUUCGAGGCCAUUGACUCCGCAGCACCAGAGGAACGGCCAGACAAGCUGAUGGAGAUCUACUUCGACUACGUGCGGGGUCGCGUCAUUGGAAGUGCGACGCAGGCAACGAAGCGGCGCGAGUCGAACGCGGGCGCGUCCCAAGCCCCUCCACCUGCGUUGGGCAUUCGGAGACGAGCGACCGACCGGAGUAUGGUUGCGCCCGACUCGGACUCGGAUUCUGAGGACCCAGAGGAGUUGGAGGAUGACCUCGACGAGCUAUGGCGUCUCUCAACGGACCAGAUCUCGCACGAGGACAUCUGGUGUACGCUUGUGUUCCGAAUGAUUUGCUGGCUCAUGUUGCACGAGUUUCACCCCAAGGACGUGCAAAUCACGAAGACCGAGCUGCGAGGUAGCCGGCUACCCGUCUACAUUGCUUGA